AUGGCGUCGGAGGGGAAGGAGUGUCAAGCGCUGCCCAAGAAAGUCGGCCCGCAGGACUUCGAGAGGAUCAAGCUGAUUGGGCAAGGAGAUGUUGGAAAGGUUUAUCUGGUUCGCCUGAAGAACAGCACGAACUAUUUUGCGAUGAAAGUCUUGUCGAAGCAGGAAAUGAUUGCAAGAAAUAAGCUAAAGCGAUGUCUCACCGAAAGGGAAAUCCUUGCUACAGUGGAUUAUCCCUUCAUUGUCACGCUCUACUAUUGCUUUCAAAGCCCUGAUCACCUCUUCCUCGUCAUGGAUUACUGUGCGGGCGGAGAAUUCUUCAGGAUGCUGAAGAGUCAGCCUGAGCGCAGAAUUCCAGAAGACUGGGUGCGCUUCUAUGCCGCAGAAGUGCUCCUUGCCUUAGAAUACUUGCACACCUGCGGAUUCAUCUAUAGAGAUCUGAAGCCCGAGAAUAUUUUGCUACAUGAAAGUGGACACAUCAUGUUAACAGAUUUCGACCUUUCAAAGCAAGCCGCAGUGACAGCUCCAGUUGUCAAGCAGUCAUUCAUGAGUGGUCUGUUUGGAGGAGAUAAGAGGCCAGGAGCAGGACAAAUUAUGAUAGACACAAACUCCUUUGUGGGCACGGAGGAGUACAUUGCGCCUGAAGUUAUCAAGGGCUCGGGGCAGUCUUCGGCUGUUGACUGGUGGACCUUUGGAAUUCUGAUCUACGAGAUGGCUUAUGGCUUCACUCCUUUCAAGGGCGACACUCAGCACGCGACAUUCUCGAAUAUCUGUUCAUCGGACCGGAUCAACAUCCCUGAAAAACCUGAGCUAAGCAACGCUUUCAAGAAGAUGAUUCGAGCGCUGUUGGCACGAGAACCCUCGAAGCGUCUGGGGUCAAAGCAGGGCGCUGGCGAGCUUAAGAAAUGCGAAUUCUUACAAGAUGUCAAGUGGGAUUCUAUUCGAAAGAUGACACCUCCGUAUCUCCCUCCUGUGCAAGAUCCAGUCGAACUGGCACAGAAGGCGACUUCUAUCCGAGACACCCCCGAUGCCCAGCUAGACUCGUGCCUUGCAUGGGCCCCAGAAGUUAUCAGUGCACACCAGCGGGCGCAAAAAGCGAAGGAGGCGAAAGAUUCUGCUCAUCGACAUCCAGAAGGCAAGGACGGAGGAUCAGCUGGAUCAUCCUCUUCACCGCAGGCUGGCAAGGACGAGAAGUCGAAGGCCGCAGAUGAAGUGUCAGAAUCCAUGUCCAAGAUGGACGUCAAGUCGUCAUAGGCUUAAUUGUGCCCGGCCCUCCUCGUGUUCGACGGAACGUAGAGGAUUGUCCGGGCCCGCACGGCUUUGGCGAGAUCGUUGUGUGGAGACAUCGUCGGGCGAGAUUUUAACGAUGCUUCAAUGAAUCAUAUUCCGAUUCUUGUC